AUGACUGUGACUCGUGACCGGCCGUUGACCUGUGACAAAAUGAGAGGGCUUGUGUCAUUUUUCUCAGUAUUUGGUGGGAUUACGCAUACAUUCUGUGGGACUCCUGAGUACCUCGCUCCAGAGGUGCUAAAAGGCCACCCAUACAAUGCAGCAGUGGACGGGUGGGGCCUCGGCACUCUACUGUUUGAGAUGCUGUAUGAACUGCCUCCAUUUUACAGCAUUAGCAAAUCAGAGAUGUUUGACAACAUACUUCAUGCUCCUCUGACGUUGUGUAGUGGGGAGUCUCAGGAUGCCUGCUCACUCUUAGAGGGAAAGAGAUGUCUCCAAACACUUAGACCACAGACGGUACAAUUUCAGGUGGAGCUGCAGGAACAUUCCUUCUUUGCAUCCGUCAACUUGGAAGAUCUCCUGGCCAAGAAAGUUAGACCUCCGUUCAUCCCAAAAGUCUCUGGUCCCUGUGAUAUCCGCUACAUUGACCCAGAGUUCACACUACAACCUGUCCAUGCCUCUUGUGAGUGAGCGGUGUCAGGCGGGCAGGACCAGCGAGGCCUUCCCAGGAUUCUCCUUCAUGAAACCAGCGGAGUAGGUGGCAGCGGAGAC